GUAAACUUACUAUGGAACUAUGACAGGCGGGAAUCGGUCCAGAUCUUCUAAAGAUUUUAUAAUUUUUUUUAAAGAAUUCUUUCCCGCCGCACAGAUGGCGACAUCAGAUGGCUUGGACUAGAUUUAUACCGAUGUAAAAACAUGUAGGUUAGAUAGUUCCUGGGGGAGAGGUGGGAAAUGUAUUAUUCUAUUCUAUUUUAUUCUCGAUACUUUUCCUUCUUUCUUUUUUUCUUUCUUUGAAACUGGAACAUUACCAUACUAGUUCUCUUACAUGUGCACAUAACCUGGAAAGGUUCACGAAUAUAAUAUUCUGACACCUUUGAUGGUUAAAUUCCCGGCUUAGACAAUGGCAUCCCAUAUAUCCAUGCUGACGGCUACCGAUGCCCGAUCCCAUAUUCACCUGGUCAUCGGAUCGAAUCCCCUUGCUGCGGCGAGAUGCGGACAGUCCUUGGGCGCGGGCGCAUUGCCGAUCUUGCUUGCGCCGGAAACGGCAGAGCUACACUAUGCGCUACAGAAGCGCGUGGAUGAUGGGGAAGUGAAAUGGAUAAAGGAGGUCUUCCGCGACGAGCAUGUCUUUACGCUUGGGAGGGAAGAUGUUGGCCAUGUGGUUGACGCUGUGUUUGUGACUUCUGGACCGAGAGAGCCAUUAAGCGCGCAUAUAUCGACGCUGUGUAGGCGUAAUCGGAUACCCGUAAACGUCGUCGAUGCGCCCCAGCUAUGCACUUUCUCCCUCCUAUCCACACACGUCGAUGGCCCGCUACAAAUCGGCAUAACCACGAACGGCCGCGGAUGCAAAUUGGCGUCUAGGAUACGCCGCGAGGUUGCCGCUUCCCUGCCGCCGAACCUGGGCGCUGCUUGUUUGCGACUGGGCGAAGUGCGGCGGAGGAUACAAGAGGAGGAUCACCUACUUCAUAUGGCAUUGGCCGACGGCGACGAUGUCGACGACUCGAUAGACCAAUCAGCAAGCUUUAAUAAGUUGGUUACGGAAGCAGACUUAGAUGCGGCGAAGAACAGACGCAUGCGUUGGCUUAGCCAGAUAUGCGAGUACUGGCCGCUGAAGCGUCUCGCCGCCAUCACUGACGACGACGUCUCUUCUAUCCUGAAAUCAUACGAGGACAUGGGACCUGCCGAGUCCAUCGGUAACUCCACGUCUAAUUCUAACCCCAUUGACCGCGGCCGCAUCAUCCUCGCUGGCUCCGGCCCAGGACACCCCGACCUGCUCACGCGCACAACCCACAAGGCCAUCCAAACCGCCGAUCUCGUGCUCGCUGACAAGCUAGUGCCUGCCGGCGUCCUGGACCUCAUCCCCCGCCGCACGCCCGUCCACAUCGCUCGCAAGUUCCCCGGCAACGCGGACGCCGCGCAGAACGAGCUGCAGGAAAUGGCCAUCGCCGCCGUGCGCGAGGGCAAAACCGUCCUGCGCCUCAAGCAGGGCGACCCGUACAUCUACGGGCGCGGCGGCGAAGAAGUCGCGUAUUUCCGGCAGCACGGCCUCGGCGAUAAGGUCGUGGUGCUGCCGGGCGUCACGUCUGCGCUUUCGGCCCCGCUGUUCGCGGCGAUACCGCCGACCCAGCGCGACGUCGCGGACCAGGUGCUUAUAUGUACGGGGACCGGGAAGAAGGGGAAGCCGCCGGCGCCGCCGGAGUUCGUGGCGAGUCGGACGGUGGUGUUCCUGAUGGCGCUGCAUCGCGUGGAGGGGCUGGUGGGGGAGUUGACUACGUCCUUGGAUACAGAGAUCCCUAAACCCGAAGAAGGGUCGAGAGAAGAACAACCACAACCACGCCGCAAGCUAUGGCCCCUCACCACCCCCUGCGCCGUCGUCGAGCGCGCCAGCUGCCCCGAUCAGCGCGUCAUCCGCACGACGCUCGCGCAUGUCGUCGAGGCUGUCGAGCAGGAAGGGAGUAGGCCGCCGGGAUUGCUGGUUGUGGGGAGAGCGUGCGAGUUUUUGAAUGAGAGGGAGAAGGGCAGGGCGUGGAGUGUGGAGGAUGGGUUUAGGGGGUUGGAUUGGGGUGAUGGUUUGGGGUGAUGGUUUGG